GUGAAACCCCCUCCAUUCGCCACAAAAAGGUUACGCAUCAGACACGUCUUUCGUUUACAACUUACGCGACACCAUUUCCUCAAUUUGAAAAUAGAAUUUGCCUGAACAAAUUAGAACUAAAGCUUAAUAUUUGCUUAAAUGGCAAUCAUUAAAGAACCUGAAGUCAUCAAAGUUGAUAAAUGGGAUGGAAAUUCACUGAAAAAUGCUAUUGAUGAUGCAAUUCGAAAGAUAUUUCUAAAUGAUUUGAAAUAUAUUGAAAACAAUAAAUAUGUGGAUAUUCGUCUUGCUUUAAGCACUUUGGGUUGUUCUAUGUCUUUAUUGGCUUUGGUUUAUGAUUACCUUAAUCCUUUCCCAUUGUCAAAAUAUGUUUUAAUUUUUUGUGUUCUAAGUUACUUUACCCUCAUGUCAAUUCUAACACUGUUUAUGACCUUCAUUGAGAAGAAUAUUAUUCUUUGUGCAUCUCAGAAAGAAUCAUCAGGAUUGGAUCCUGACUCAGAAUGGAAAAUCUCCACAACAAUGAAGAGAUUUUCAAACAUAUUUACUUUUGAUAUAAGUAAAUUAGAUGGAACAACAAAAAAAAAAUAUAAUGCAUCAUUUUCCAAAUGUGUUUCAUCCUGGGUUGAUGAAAAAGGUGUUGUUGUUAUCGACUUAUUAAAAGCUGACAUUUUGAAAUGUCAUGAAAGUAUAACUUCUUCAAAGAAAAAUCAAUAAAUUAAAAAAAUAUUUUAUGUUAUCAUUUUUUUGCUAAUAAAGUUUUGGCUUAAA